AUGACUGCAGAUGAUUACAGCACAGUGCUUGCAAAUGCUCUGCAACGGCUAGAAACUCUGAAGGGCCACGUGCAAGCUACACAGAUAGAACAAGAUCGCAAGGAGUGUUUAUUGCGAGAACUAGAGGCACGCUUAGAAGAAUUACGAGAAGAAAAGGAAAAGCUAUCUCAACGAACACGGGAGCUUAAUGCUGAUACAACUCUGAUUGUAAAUGAGUUACGUGUUUAUGAGGAAUUAGAAAUGCUAGAUUGUAUGCUUUCAGAAAAGAAUACACAAUUGAUGAAGAAACAAACACAACAUGAAGCAUUACUUCAACAGUUAGCUAAUAUGGAGACAGAGUUAGGUGCAUCUCGGAGAUAUAAAGAAAUUUCACAAGAGGAUUAUUAUCAUGAUGAUAAUAAUAAUAAUAAUAAUAAUAAUAAUAAUGAUGGUAAUGACUCUUCUUCUUCAGCAUCUCACUGGAAGUACUGUUGUAAUUACCUACUUUCUCAUGUGGAAGGAAUUAACCGUUAUUCCCUUCUUCAACCUUCUCAUUUGGGGAGUCAUCCAGUUUCGGUUUUUCACCAGAGUGUUCGUAAGAUGUAUCGGACGGCACGUGAGCGCGAAGAAGAAUUGGCUAUUCAAUUCAAGUACGUAGACAAACAGCUAGAGGAAGUCUUAUCAUUAGAUAACACAUUAGGCGCUAUUGAGAGAGAUUACAGACAUGAAGAAAAGAGGUUGGAACGUGAAAAUCAAGAAACGAUACAAACCAUGAAAAAGGUAGCAGCAGUUGAAACCAAAAAACUUCGUAAAGAACUUCAAAAAGUGGUAGAUGAUCAUCAAGACCUUAUGGAAGGUUUAAGAGCACAAGGGAUUCACCAUGUGGAUGGUGAAUUGUUAUCCUCUUCUUUAGCAGAUAUUGCUGAUAUGAUUUCUUCUACAUCUGGUGAUCAAGUGAAUAUCUCUCAAAUUGAUGAUGCAAACAUAGACUCUGUGAAUGCAUAUAAAUCAGAUUUAAAAUCUGUGGUUGUUAUUCAACCAUCACAUCCACGUAAAAAAGUUCUUGAGUUUAAUGGUAUUAUUUCAACCUCUGCCUUUACACCUCUUUCUCCUAUUGGUGAUGAUAAUACUAAUAUACAUACUCCCAAUGAGGUAAAUAGAAAAAUUGUUCCAUAUGCAUAUUCUUCACCAACUAUAAUAGACCCAGAGAUUGAGGAACUUCAGUCUCAAGUCGCUGCUGCAGAGAGAAGUGCUCAUAGACUUGAGCAGGGCUAUGAAACACUAAAAGAGGAGACUAGUCGAUCUCUUUGCGAAGAAGAUGCAAAGAUAGAAGCUAUGGAGGCAAGACUUGCUGCAGCCCAAGAUGCUUUGGAAAUGCUUAAGAAGGAAAAGGCUGAAUGGGAGGCUCUACAUAAGCAGAUGUCUUCAUUAUUAUCAUAA